CCGUGCCGUGCCGCAUCUUGUACCAGCUUCAUUUUGGAACUUAAAUGUAAAGAUGGGUCUGGGAGCAAACCAGCAUGGAGAGGUACAGGGUGCCGUACACAAACCUCGAAGGUUUGUGGGUGAUGUGACCUGGGAUGAAGUAAAGAAGCAUGAUGGGAAGACGAUGAAGGAGAAGUGGCUGGUGGUUGAUGACCAGGUGUACGACAUCACACAAUGGAGCAAAAGACAUCCAGGAGGAUAUAAAGUCAUCACUCACUAUGCUGGGCAAGACGGAACUGAAGCCUUCACUGCUUUCCACAAUGAUGAGGAAUUUGUGAGGAAGCACAUGAAAGCUAUCCAUAUUGGGCAGAUCAUGGAAGAUCAGGUGGAGUGUAAAGAUGUUGUGAAAGACUUUGCUGAACUUCGAAAGACUGCUGAGCAAAUGGGCCUCUUCAACGCCAACUUCCUCUUCUUCUUCCUGCACAUGAGUCAUAUCAUUGGUCUGGAGAUUGCAUCUUAUAUCGUCAUGAGGACAUAUGGAUUCAACUGGUGGACAUUCCUAGCAUGUGUAGCAAUGCACGGCACACUUCAGGCUCAGGUUGGGUGGUUUCAACAUGAUCUUGGUCACCUGUCUUGCUUCAAGUCUUCAAAGUGGAACCAUUUCUUUCACUAUUUCUUCAUGUCUACAAUGAAGGGUGCAUCAGCUAAAUGGUGGAACCACAUGCAUUAUCAGCACCAUGCGAAACCUAAUGUGAUGAACAAGGAUCCUGAUGUUCGUCUUGAAGCACUUUUUGUAGUGGGAGAGAAGAUGCCUAAGGUGGUAGCCGAGAGUGGAAAGUCAUCAAUGCCCUACCAUCUUCAACAAUGGUACUUCUUCAUUAUUGGACCCCCUCUGCUGUUUCCUCUCUACUUCCAGUUUAUGAUUUAUCGUCACAUGAUCAAGCAGAAAGAGUGGACUGACCUCUUCUUCAACUCGCUAUACUACGCCAGGUUUUUAUUCUGCUAUGUUCCUCUCAUGACGUGGUGGCAACUUCUUCUCUUCUAUGAAGCUUUCAGAGUUAUGGAGAGUAUUUGGUUCACCUGGGUUUCUCAGUCCAACCACAUACCAAUGGAGAUUGAUGUGGAUUCAGCACGCCCAUGGCUAGAGCUACAGCUUCGUGCCACCUGUAAUCUUGAACAAAGUUUCUUCAACGACUGGUUUACUGGACAUCUCAAUUUCCAGAUUGAGCAUCAUCUGUUCCCGACGAUGCCCAGACACAACUACGUACGCGUUGCACCCUUGGUGAAGUCUCUGUGUAAAAAGCAUGGUGUUGAUUACAAGACCAAGACGCUGCUCGAGGGCUUUUCUGAUAUAGUCAGGUCCCUCAAGUCGUCUGGUGAGAUUUGGUACGAUGCCUACUACCACCUCCAGGACCAGUUUCCAGAGAAUUAAUUAACCCUUCACCUCUCAUCUCCCUGCAAAGCCUGGAUGACGCACUGUACAUGAGUGGAGAAUGGCAUUGUAGGUGUUAAAUUGAAUGAUGAAGAUACCCCAGCAAUGGUGGUAGUCCAGAAUGUGAAUGCGUCAUUUUCUUUACAAAAUAUUAGGGUACUGUGUAAUUCUUUGUAUGUAAAGCCCACUGGACUCUAUACGACCUGUCUAUGAUUUGAUUUAGGAAGAAUGGGAUAGGAAUAUUUGAAGAUGUCAAAUUUUAAUGAUGGAGGUUCUGAUUAGUCAUAUGAUGAAACGAAACCCCAAUAUCUGGGUAUUGCACUUCCUGUUGGUGGAGUAAAAGCCAAAUUGGCUGCAAAUCGUAGUGACAUCAUAAUGAUGCAAUUAUCUAUAAUAUUGAGCAGAUUUGGCCUUUUCUUCAUCUUGAAAUCUUCCAACAGAUUGGAUUUUGUUUGUAUUCAUAUCAUUAUUCUCAUUGGGAAAGAAUGUUUUAUGUUGAAUGUUCAUAUCUGAGACAAUAGCCGUUUCAUUGGAAAUCGGAUCACGGUCGGAUCGUAUAGUGUGCGGUGGGCUUGAACUCUUUUGCUAUCCUUUGCAAAUCAAGGUGAAAGGUCAAUCUAUGUGUUUUUUAUUUAAUGUCCGGUCAAGGUCUCUUAGAUCCAAAACUUCACAGGAAGUAAACCUGCUUGUUGGUGGUAAUUUUUAUGGUAAAGUGUGUUGUGAUUUUGUAGAAAAACAAUAAAAUUUAUAGAUUUGAAUAAGCCAUCUGUAUAUAUCUUAUGCAAUUGAUUUUGCUCUUUCAAUUAGAAAGAUCAUGCUUUUUAAAAUAAAAAUGGAGUCUACUGGGAAGGAAAACAAAAUCACUUAUUUGACUUGAAUACUUUGAACUCAGUUUGGUGGAGAUUUAAUUACAAAAAUUAUGAAUUAUGAAUUGAUCUUUAGGUUCAAAACCAUCUUCUUUCCCUGUAUGAUAGAUCUUCAUUCAACAACCAUGCAAACCUAGCCUUAAUCAUGUUCUAUUUACUUGAAAUUAUUCAUUUGCAAAAUGACUUUAUUUCCUUUUUAAUAGAUAUAUUAAUUUGAUAUAUGCAUAUGAACUUGUAUGGAAUCAUAGGCCUAUUUGUAUUACUUACAUGACAGAGGGGAGUUAAGGUUUUAGUUUUUGAAACGAUUAUUGUAACAUCAAAAUUUUGGUGUGACCUUAAAUUACAUAUAUUUGUCUCAACUGUAUUUACAUGUAAGAAGAAGACAGGGAAAAUGUAAUUUGAAUGUAAUUUUAUCUCCGUCAUUUAUCGUAGAGUAGAUGUAUAAUUGUACUUAUGAGGUGGGGAAUGUUUCAUAUUGUUUUGCAAUAACAGAUGUCUUGCUUGCAUUUUUACCAUGCUGUCUAAAGAGAUGAAGUUGAUUUGUAUAACAUUUCACCUUUUAAUAUGCAGUGCAUGUAAUGUGGUACAUUUACUUAAGAUACAUGUAUGUACUCUUUCAUGAGCAUAUAAAAGCAUAAAUCUUGCAGAGUGUUGAAAUGCCAAGAAAUAAUAUAUCAGGCAAUUAAUUCCAGGUUUUCUGGUGACUUGUUAUUUACAUGAGGAGUAAUUUUUUGUAUAAAAUACAACCAGAUGAAAAGUUAAUUCAGGUGUAGAAUGUUACAACUAUGGUGUUAGUAUCAUCUGCCUUGCAAGAGAUAUAGAUUUGGGCAAUUUUUCUUUAAUUAUCUAGAUAUUCUAGAUUGUAGAUUACUAUAGCCUAUGCUUUAUGCAAAGAGUUACGAUUGGGAUUAGUGGUCAGUUUAAGCAAGGUUGAGAUCAUGUUGAUUCAAAUUGUAUUUUGAGCAUAGGAUUGAUGGUUUAAAGGACCAUAGGAUCUAACCUGAACGAGUAUGGAGACUAUGUUGAUAUUCAAAAUAGUUUUAUUUAGUACUCUUGAGAAGUAGCAAAUUUCCUUUUUUUUUAAAUGUGGUAAAUACGGUAACAUCUGAUCUAUAUAUAUAUUUUUGGAUCUGAUUUCAAUUAUUUUUCUUUCUUUCCAUCUAUUCCUUUUCCAAUUUAUUGCUUUUUAAACUAUUGAAUACACAGGUAUUUGCCCUGUAAAAGUUUCUGCAUGUGAUAUGUUGUGUAAAAUGAAUGAAAUAUGCAUUUCUCAUGAGCAGGCAUUGCUAAGUUGAGUUCAUUAUUCUGCAUUUGCAUGAAUAUCGGUUGUAUACAUAUACUGUGUAGAUUGUACGCACUUUGCAUACAAAAUCUUCAAUAAUUUGCUCUGAUUUGUCUCAAAGAAAAUCAUGUUCAAGUGUGAUGAAAUGAAACCAGCCAUUAUGUCACUUUUCUAGUAAAACAAAGCUUGUGUGUUUGGUGUUGGGUAUGUUCACAAAUGGGUGCUUGCAGUGCAUUUCCCUUGUACAAGUACCAAGGGCCUCUUUCUCUAGUUGACUUUUGUUGAGCUCUAUCCAAAGUGGAAAAUAUUAGCAAAUGAUUCAACCUGAUAUAUUUUUUGCAACAAAAUGUGGCAUUGUGACUGGAGCAUAUAUUUUUUACGAGGAAACAAAAAAAAUACGCAGAAGAUGUGUGAGGAUCAAAGUAAAAUAAUAAAUCAUGAAUUUGGUUGAUUACUAUUCAGCAUCAAAUUUUUACAGAACCGUUGAAUGGAAAUGUAUUUGUAAUGAAAACACAUUGUGUAUAAUGUCAGGAAAUUCAUUUAAUAGAAUGUAUCUUUUUCAGAAGUGUAUUUUUCUUAAAUUGAUGAAGCAAAUCAUGAAAGAUUGAUUAUUCUAAAAUCAGUACAAAUUAUGCUCCAUUAAAGUAUUGUGACAUCUGUAACGUGCCAUGCAAUGUGUAAAACUAGAAAAGAAUGCAUAUCAUUGAUGUUAAUUUUGCUGCUCUUCGUGACUGUAAAUAACAUUUUACAAGAUUUAGAGGGUAUGAUACUUGUGUAACUUUUUAAAUAAAUAGCAGUAUUCAAGGUUAUAGUAUUUGAAAUCUGAACAGGAAUAUUUUGCUCAGCAAACAAGAUGUCGAACUUUCCCCAAUCUAAUGAUUGUGUGAAACAUUAUUGUGGGGAGAGCAAAUCACUGUCCCAGCCAUGGCAAUGUGGUCCGUUCACAGCCAAAAGGCUAGAAAUACCAAAGAGUGGUUCUAUUACAGGUGGUAGUAAAUCAGAAAGUUUUGGUUUGUCAACCAAUUUUUUUUAUAAUCCGAAUUUCAAUCAUGCAAACUUUUUUUAAUUGCACAGAAUCAAAUGCAGCAGCACCAAUGAUUUUAUUGGAACAUUUUAUUAAUAAGGGUGUGUUAUGUUUAACCAAUUUCUUAAUGUUCUACAGGCUAAUAAGACACAACUUAUUUUGCUUUUUUUAAUAAAGUCAUCAAAUGAUUGUCUGACACAGCCACUGAAAGAAGUGAGUUAUUCUCUCAUUUUCAGGCUUUUAUAGUAACAUAUUCAUAUAAUUUUUGCUUUGUAUGCACAUUACCUUAAAUAAUCUUAAUGUUGGAUUUUCCUGAGUUUGUGGUGCUCUUGCUGGCAUUGGAUUGAGGUUUGGAAUCGUGGGGAUUAAAUACCAAUAAGUGUUUUUUUUUAUAAUCAUUGACUUCUUAAGAAGAAAGAAAAACAUCUGCUGAUCAGUCCAUAAAUUGCCACAAAUAUAUGUUAAAAACAACACAAAAUUGUUCAUAAAGAGAAAACAGAAAAAAAUGAAAUAUUGGUCUAACUUUCCAAAUAAUUGUUGAUUUUUCAGGCUCUUCCUAAAGGUUGAUCUAAUGGGAGAUGAUCAAGUACUUUCUAUUUUUUCUGAAGUGGAAAAAGAUUACCGGUAUUUAAUAUCCUCUCUUUUUUUUAGGGGGGGGGGGGGGUGUUGCUCCUACAUGUGCAAGCAUUUUAUGUCUCAAUCACACAAUCAUACCAAGUUCAAACCGACUCAAAACCCCUGUUUCAGGGCCUCAUAUUAUGUAUAGUAUGCUUGGUCUGUUGUCAGACUGGUUUAGGUCUUGUUUGAAUGAUCGAGGUUUGUGGAAAGAAAAUCGUAAAACCAUUUCCCAGGUCUGCACACUUUGUUCUGGGAGUCUUCUAAAAUGUUUCAAGUUCAUAUGAAUUUGUGAGAUUGUCUAAAUCGUUUCGGUUAGGAGUGAAAUUUUUUGAGGUGUGAGCCGAAAAAUAGGUAUUGAUUGUUGUACUUUGGUAAGAAUCAUGAGAAUUGGUGAUUGGCAGAAUGAGACCUUUUGAACUGUAAUAUAUUGUAAGGAGAUGAAAGAAUGAUACAAAACUGAUCAAUUUGGGUAAUAAAUCAAAGCAGAUGAAUA